AUGGCGACGGUCGAUGCGGACCUCACCGUCGCCACCGUCCCCACGAAGCCGAUCGAUGGCCAGAAGCCGGGGACGUCCGGCCUCCGCAAGAAGACGAAGGUCUUCAUGGGGGAGAACUACCUGGCCAACUACGUGCAGAGCGUCUUCAACACGCUGAAGGAGAUGGGCGUCCCGGUCGAGGGCGGCACCCUGGUCGUCAGCGGCGACGGACGUUACUGGAAUUCCGAGGCCAUCCAGAUCAUCAUCAGGAUGGCGUUCGCCAACGGCGUCGGCCGCGUGUGGUGCGGCACUGGCGGGCUGCUGUCGACGCCAGCGACGUCGGCGGUGAUCAGGUGCCGCGGCAAGGGCAUGGAGCCCUUCGGCGGCUUCAUCUGCUCGGCCUCCCAUAACCCCGGCGGCAUCGACGACGACUUCGGCAUCAAGUACAACUGCGAGAACGGCGGCCCGGCGCCGGAGAAGAUGACGGACCUGAUGGUUGCCUGGACUGCCAAGAUCACCGAGUACAAGAUUUGCAGCAAGCUUCCAGCCUUGGACCUGACUUCGCCCAUCACGUACAGCAUCGGCGACAAGGUCGUAGAAGUCUUUGACUGCGUGGAGGACCACCUCGCGCUCCUGAAGAAAUGCUUCAACUUUGAUCAGAUCAAGGCCAUGAUCGCCAGACCGGACUUCAGCAUGGUGUACGACUGCAUGAGCGGCGUGCAGGGCCCAUACGCCAGGAAGAUCGUCGAGGGCGAGCUCGGCGCCAAAGCAGGCUCCGCCACCAACGCUGAUCCGAAGGAGGAUUUCGGCGGCCCCUCUUCGGCGUGGCAUGGCCAUGCGGAUCCGAACCUGACCUACGCCGUGGAAUUGGUGGCCACGAUGGGGCUUGACAAGGGCGGCAACAAGAUCAGCACCUCCACUCCGCCACCGACCUUCGGCGCCGCGGCGGACGGCGACGCCGACCGCAACAUGAUCCUGAGCUCCCAGUUCUUUGUGUCGCCGUCCGACUCGCUCGCGAUGAUCGUGGCCAACUCGGACAUGAUCCCGCAGUUCAAGGACGGCCUGAAGGGCUGUGCGCGUUCGAUGCCGACGUCUGGUGCUCUGGACAUCGUGGCGAAGAAGAGGAAGAUCGACUGCUUCGAGGUGCCCACUGGCUGGAAGUUCUUCGGGAACCUCAUGGACAGCGGGACCAGCUACUUCCCCGAUAAGAAAACUUACACGCCCUUCAUCUGCGGCGAGGAGUCCUUUGGCACCGGCGCCGACCACGUGCGGGAGAAGGACGGCAUGUGGGCCGUGCUGGCGUGGCUGCAGAUCCUGGCGGCCAAGACGGAGAAGGAGCACCGGCUCGCUCAUGGCAGGACGUGGCCGAGGCGCACUGGAAGGAGUUUGGGCGGCGCGGGGGCGGAUUACGCUCGCUACGACUACGAGGGGGUUGACAAGGCCAAGGCCGAGGAGAUGAUGAAGGGGAUGGCGGACAAGGCUGGCACGCUCGCCGGCAUGGAGAUCGGCGGCAUGAAAAUCGCCAAGAACGACGUUUUCGAGUACGUCGAUCCUGUUGACGGGAGCGUAUCCAAGAACCAGGGAAUCAGGUUCAUCUUCGAGGACGGCUCGCGCAUCAUUUUCCGCUUGUCUGGCACCGGCGUGGCAG